GUCCUCAAGAAAAGUGAUGACAAUAAUAACAAAUCGCUUAUUAAUGAAGACGAUAGCGAUAUGACUGAAGUGUUGAAACACUUUAUUAAUGACCAUUUAAUGCAACAGAAGAUAACCGUUGAAGAGUUAUAUAUCGUGGAUGAGAUCCCAAAGACCAUCAGUGGUAAAGUGAACAGAACUGAUCUGAGAAAGUUUGUCAACGAGACUAUCGUUCAAUUGAGAAAUAAUAACAAUAAUAAU